GAGGGUGAGAGUGAUAGCAUGAAUGUUGCUGACAACCAGAACUUUGCGGAGAAAGAUGAAGAUGAAGUUGAGAAGUUCAAAAUCCCAAGUUCCACGGCUUCUGAUGAGCAAAGUGAUUCAAAGAUGCCUAAAAUCAGUUUGGCCGAAAGCAGUUCAGUAGAAACUGAGAAAAUGGAAGUGCAAGAUAGCAUCCAAGCAGGUAUAGAAGAAACAAUCCCCUUGACAGAAAAUAAGACCAAUGCCGAAUUGGAAAGCACACCGUUCCUUUCAGAGAGCAAGUCCAAGUCCAACCCAGAACCACCAAGUGCCUGUAGCAAUCAGAAAUGGACGAUUGGAUCCAAGAGAACUAUCACUGAUGAGGAGGAAUUGAGGGGAUUCAACCCACGAGAACCAAAUUACCUGCCUCUGGUUCCUGACCCUGAUGCAGAAAAGGUUGAUCUCAGGCAUCAGGAAGAGGAUGAAAGGAAAAACUCUGAAGAAUGGAUGGUCGAUUAUGCACUCAGACAGGCCGUCACCAAACUUGCUCCUGCUAGGAAGAAAAAGGUGGCACUACUAGUUGAAGCUUUUGAAACAGUCAGCCCAACCCCUCAGUGGAAAACACAUCGCAGGCAUUCUUCAACUGCCUUUGCUCCUGCAAGACCAAUUCAAGCUUGCAGAUGAUGUUGGUUCUUAACGUAAAUAAGGUGAUGCUCAAGAGCAAGCAAUGGAGGCAGAUUAUACUGCUGCAUCUGUGAAGUAGAGAGUAUUAUGACAGCUAGCGACACCCUUGUUUUACAAGUAAGCUGCUUCAGAGCCACAGUUGAGUGCGGACAAAGUAGUAGCUUAAUGGAGGGAUGUUUGAAUGGAGAAUGAAUUAAGCUAGGUGGGUGAUGAAGUGAAAGUGAAGAGCGUCUAGUUUAAUAAUAUGUGUAAUAACAUUAUAAGUUAAACAGUUAUGGUGUUCAGUUUUUUCAACUGGAUGCCCAGGUUAUCCUUUGUAACAGCUGGGGGCACUUGACCUCCAAACUUUGAUAAUUUAUUAAUGUCUGUCUAAAUUAUGUACCAAUGAUCAUAACUCAUUUUAUCUCUUAACUUAUCAUUAUUAGCACCUCUGAUGAAAA